AUGGCUCGACCACAAAAAAGAGAGAGUGCACGCGACAAGCUUCAGCUGCUCACCGGUAAAUGCAGAGGAGAGCCACACGACUCGACUCUUUCGCUCCACACACGGCGGCACGGAACGCUCGUUUCACAGGACGUGAGCCACGCGCUCAGUUUCACAUAUAUACCGACCCGCGUACAAAGCCGAGCUGCCACUGGAAAUUGUCCGACGUCCUCCGCAAAAAAGACGCACAGAGUGCUGCGCACAGACACUUUUCUCAUUCGGUUUCCUCUCCAAGCUGAUCCCCCCGCAUUUGGUGCUUCUCCACCGUAUCUUGGCAACUUCCGGCCCCACUACCGUUGGUCAUUUCGGGAACCUAGCAUCAACGAGGUCGCUUUCGUUGUCGGAGCAGCAAGCUUAGCGCCGCAGCGAGCGGUCAAGUGCCAAACAUCGAUCGAGGUCCCGAACCAUACGCGUCUCGUGUCUUCUACUCGCAACACCAUCUUCGGCUCUCAUGUCUCGACCAUCUUCGCUACGCCUCUGUCCUGA